CACUACUUCUUCUAGUAAAAACAACAAACAAACCUACAAACUCAAGAUGAUGAAAUUAGUUGUUGCUGUCGCCUGCCUUAUGGCUGUUGCUAAUGCCGGUAUGUACGGUAUGGGAAUGUACGGUAUGGGUCUUGGAGGAUUAGGCAUGGGAAUGUACAAUCCUAUGCUUAUGGGCGGUAUGUACAACCCUAUGCUUAUGGCUAGUAUGUACAAUCCUAUGCUUAUGGGCGGUAUGUACAACCCAAUGGCUAUGAUGUAUGGUGGACUCGGUGGUCUUGGAAUGAUGGGUGGUUUAGGAAUGAUGGGUGGUAUGGGAAUGAUGGGAGGUAUGUCACCCUAUGGUAUGGGAUUCGGUGGUGCUGGAUUUGGAACACCUGUUGUGGGAGGACAAGAUCCUUCUCAAGGAACCAUGGUUCAUCCUUGGAUUAUUACAAACAAUCCUACUAAGUUUCGUCAAAAUCAGUCCAGAAUUGUACCUUCUAGAGUGUUUACGAGCAAUUGUAGAGGGACGGACCGACCGACGGACGGACGGACGGAUAUGGGUGAUAUUGGCCUGCGGAAAUCGAAAUCGAUGUAA